AUGACCACUACUUCCGAGGUGCGCUUUUUACUUGGCAUACCUAAGGAACAGCUGCCAGAAAAACAACAAAGAACUGGCACUUCUAAAAUUAAGAAGGCAAAAAAAAUUGUCGGAAACUCGCCUGGUCUUCCGGAAGGCAGUAAUCCGCACAAGUUUCUGCCAAAGUCAAAGCGCGAUUGGCCACAGGACCAAGAAGCUGUUCCGUGGAAGUGUCUUUCAGAGUUGGGCAUAGUGAUUCGACGCGAUCCAGUAUUUGACGGCUAG